AUGAUGGUAAUGCAGCUCUGUGCGAUAAGCGCCAUCGAGGGUGCUGACAUUGGCCUACUACCAGCAGUGACCUUCGCUUUGCAGCAGGACCUGCAUCUGCGAUUGGCGCAGGUUACGCAGAUGAGUCUGGCUCAGGCAGUUCUGCAGGCGGCUGCAGGACCUGUAUGGGGUGUCUUGGCAGACCGGAAGGUCAUGCGACGGAAAACCUUACUUGCAAUCGGUGCAUUCUUUCAAGGUGUCUGCACGAUAGCCCUCGGUUGGACCGAGAACUUGGCCAUGAUGAUCAUCAUCCGAAGUCUUAACGGGGCAAUGCUGGCAAGCCUUAGACCUGUUUGCGUUGGAAUCGUGGCCGACACAACAACAGAGCUGUCGCGCGGUAAAAUCUACGGUUACCUGCAGAUGUGUGUGACAGCUGGCAUGAUGCUUGCCACCUUGAUUGGUACGCCAAUGGCCAGUGCCACGAUAUUGGGGAUUGAGGGGUGGAGAGUGGCAUUUGCUCUUGUGGGAGCCUUCGCAAUUUUUACAUCCUUCCUGAUCAUGGUCUUCAUGUAUGAAGCAAAGCACAAGAAAUCUUGGAACAAGGAAAGCCGUCAGAAGUGCACGGGCGUGGCCCAUGAGUUUGCAAAAUUCUUUGGCUACUUCCGAAAGCCAACAUUCGUGUGCCUGAUUGGACAGGGACUAUUUGGAUCCAUUCCUUGGAAUGCAUUUAACUACGCUACACUCUACUUUCAGGUCUCUGGGCUUGCAGACAAGCAAGCUGCCACGCUCACGACCGCAUUCCAGGCGUGCUGUGGCAUUGGAAACGUCAUGGGAGGCUACAUUGGCGAUGCUAUGGCUAGAAGAUGUCCUUACCAUGGACGCGCCUUUACAGCAAACAUGUCGGUUAGCCUGGGGAUACCUUGCGUCUUCCUCAUCUUCAUGACGCACCCCGCAGAGCAGUACCAAUUCGUCUACUACCUGACUUUUCUCGUGCUCAUGGGGCUGACGUCAACAUGGUGCCUGACAGGGGUAAACUUGCCCUUGUUGUCAGAGAUCGUUGAUCCGGCAUCUCGAAGCGGGAUCAUGGCGUGGGAGAGCGCCAUGGAAGGGGCGAUCGCAGCAGUUGCAGGCAAUGCAGCUGUUGGGUUCCUUGCCCAGAACCUUUUUGGUUACAAUCUUGCUGAUGCGGAUCCAGACGAUAAAUCGCAAAGUGAACAGAAUGCCGAAGCUCUUGGGAAGUCUUUGGCGUUAACGUCUGUGCUGCCAUGGACCCUUUGCCUGACCUGCUACAUUUUCAUGCAUUGGGCCUUUCCGUACGACAAGCGGAUGAUCGAGGAGGAGAAGGCGAAGUACAAGGCUCAGCAUGGCCAGCUGUUGUCAGAAUCGACAAGUGCGAGCGAGGACGAGCUUGACGGAGACUUGGAUCGGGAGGCAGCAGAGGAUGAGAACCUGGAGUGGUUGGAGCCUACACGCUGUGGCUAG